CAGACACGGACAGGGUAGGACAUAAGACCACAGACAAGGACAGGGCAGAGCCCAAGACGACAGACACUGACGGGACAGAGCCUAAGACCAGAGACACAGACGGGGCAGGGCCGAAGACCACAGACACGGACAUGGCAGAGCCUAAGACCACAAACACAGACGGCGCAGAGCCUAAGACCACAGACACAGACGGGGAAGAUUCUAAGACCACAGACACGGACAGGAAAGAUAAUAAGCCCAGGGUCAAGUCGGCAGGAGAGAUGGGGGUAAGAACAGCUGCCCAGACCAAAACCCAACGAGGUACCCAUACCAGUGAAAGAGUUCAGGAAGAACCCGCCCAUCUUCAACAUCCAGCACGAGUUUAAGUUCCCGGUGGUGUCGAGAGAUGAGUCUGGGGAGAUGGAGGUGGAGGAAAGGCCUGGAGUCCCCCUCGAAGUACGACCUUUUGACCUCAGGAGCCGCCCCGGAGACAACGAGCGUAAGUCCGGAUGUGGUCGGGUGUUCACUGCUCUGACAGGGCUCAUCACCUCUCCCGACUACCCAUUCUUCUAUCCCAACGACAUGUACUGCGUCUACAAGAUCAUACUGCCAGAGGAGUACACAAUAGGGCUGGACUGCGCCUACAUAGAGAUACAGCCUGGUACCCACGGGUGCGAGAACGACUACCUCUCUGUGUCCGACAAUGGGCCCGUGGAGGUGAACGGCCCACAGGAAGAAGGAGAAUCUAGGUACUGUGGUGACAAGUCCCAGGCGUUCUACUCCUCCAGCAGUAACAUGACGCUCGUGUUCAAGAGCGACAGCACCUACAGUUACAAGGGGUUCAUGUGUCGCUACCGGGCACUAAAUGCUAACGGCACAGGUGCCGAUAUUAUAGUCUCCAACGUCACCAAAGAGCAACACCAGGUCAUCUGCACAGGCCCUGGCGAUCAAGGAUGGGCGGGACGGUGCGGGGAAGCCUUCGGUGUUAAUAGAAUCGUGGGCGGCGCGACGACCCAGGAGCACCAGUUCCCUUGGAUGGUGGCGGUGCUGAAGGAGUGUGGCCGGGAUAUGGACCACUACUGUCACAUCUGUGGUGGCACCGUCAUCGCCUCCCAGUGGAUCCUGACAGGUGCCCACUGUAUCGACGGAGUGUACGUGGACACCCUGGCGUUACUGCUGGGGGACCACAACCUCUAUAUUCUGACGCCGUCGCAGAAGUUCUUCAGGAUCGAGGAGGUGUUCAUCCACCCUGACUUCAACUUUCCUAUGCCUCUUAAUAACGACAUUGCCCUGGCUAAACUUCCCCAGGAGAUAGCCUUCAACCGAUACAUAGCACCCAUCUGUCUACCACCGAGGAACUACGAACACCUCACCGACCGACUGCCUACCUUAGAUGCUGAAGUGUUGCUCAGUGAAAGAAACUAUGACCACGGGGAACACGGGGACCACGGGGGCCACGGGAACCACGGGGGCCACGGGGACCACGGGGACCACGGGGGCCACGGGGACCACGGGGGCCACGGGAACCACGGGAACCACGGGAACCACGAGGAGAGGGGAUUAUCGUUCGUCACCCAGUACAUCCACAACCUCUUCAACAACCGUACUGUGUCCGUCUACGGCUGGGGUGUGGUCAGUGACAAUGGACAGCCGGCCCAGAGACUUCGCGGGGUGGAGGUGACUGUCCUGCCCAACUCCGAGUGCCAAUAUUAUUAUGGCUCCUUUGUCAACGAGACCAUGAUGUGUACGUCAGGAAAAGGUGGUCACGGGCCCUGCAGGGGAGACAGCGGGUCGCCUGCGCAGGUUAAGAUGAAAGAUGGACGAUGGAUGCAGAUCGGGGUGUUGGUUUUCGGAGCGGCCUACGGGUGCGAGGUAGGCUUCCCGUCCUGUAAUGCAAUGCUUCCUCUCUACGUCUCCUGGAUUGAGUUAGUUACCGGCAUCUCCUUCGACCGGUACUACUAGAGGACGACCUGCAAUUAGUGGUGUUGGAGGACGACCUUUAACCAGUACUAUUGGAGGACGACCUUUAAGCAGAACUAUUGGUGGACUACCUUUAACCAGUACUAUUGGAAGAUUACCUUUAACCAAUAAUAUUGGAGGACGACCUUUAACUAAUAUUAUUGAAGGACGACCUUUAACCAAUACUAUUGGAGGACGACCUUUAACUAAUAUUAUUAGAGGACGACCUUUAACCAGUACUAUUGGAGGGCGACCUUUAACCAGCACUAUUGGUGGACUACCUUUAACCGUUACUAUUGGAGGACGGCCUUUAACCAGUACUAUUGGAGGACGACCUUUAACCAAUACUAUCGGAGGACGACCUUUAACCAGAACUAUUGGUGGACUACCUUUAACCAGUACUAUUGGAGGACGACCUUUAACCAAUACUAUUGGAGGACGACCUUUAACCAGCACUAUUAGCGGACUACCUUUAACUAAUAUUAUUUGAGGACGACCUUUAACCUGUACUAUUGGAGGACGACCUUUAACCAGCACUAUUGGAGGAUUACCUUUAACUAAUAUUAUUGGAGGACGACCUUUAACCACUGCUAUUGGAGGACGAACUUUAACCAGUACUAUUGGAGGGCGAUCUUCAACCAGUACAACAACUAGAGAACGACCGUCAUCCAGUAUUUCUACUAUCUAACGACCUUCAACCAGCUAGGAUUGUUUGCGUACGACCUUCAACCAGUGCUAUUGGAGAACGACCUUCAACCAUCAUUACUACUAUUAACGCAUGAUCUUCUACCACUCCUAGAGGAUUAUCUACUCCCUACUACUUUUACCAAUACCUGUCAACACCUCCCAUCUACUACAAGGUGACUGGACGAGGAAGAGUAGAAGGCGUACUGAUGCUACUGUGUUGUAACGACGACAAGAUGGUGACAACAACAUACUUUAAAUACUAAUACUAAUACUAAUACUAAUACUAAUACUAAUAAUAAUUAUAAUAAUACUAAUACUAAUAAUAAUAAUAAUAAUAAUAAUUCUCCUAUAACUUUAUUUCUUAAAUGUUGACAAAACUGAACCAAAUUUCUUAAGCUAGGAUGAACGACGUUUACAUUGACAGAGCAGAACUAACUGUGAUAAUUACGUUUGUUGUUUUUUCUAAGGUAAAAAUAUAAUAGGAUGAAUUUGUUGUGGUGUGUUGUGUGAUUUUAUGUUGCAGACCAAUAAAAGGAAAUGU